UUUUCGUUGGAUGUCGGCUCCCCAGGUGACCAGCUGAUCAACGGAAAGUACGAGCAGGGCUUCCUGUUCCCGGGGAGCACGUCGAGGAACGUGUCCUCCUCCUCCUCGCCGAUGUCCACGCUGAGCUACCGGGGGGCGGGGGGCUCCAUGAACACCACCUUGGACAGCACCACCACCACCACCUACCUGAGCGGACAGGACAAGACAUCCACCACCUACCUGAGCGGACAGGGGAACACCUUCCAGCAAGACUUCAUGAUCGGGGGUAUCGGAGGUCUCGGCGGUCCGGGAGGUCUCGGCGGUCCGGGAGGUCUCGGCGGUCCGGGGGGAGCCGGGGGGAGUUCCACCCGGCAGGUGGUGAUGAGGAAGCACUCUGAGAACCGCGGCUACGCGGACGAGAACAUCCGGGACUCCAUCAUCAUGGGGGACAUCGGAGGCCGCUUCCCAGACCUCGGGGGCUUUGGCUUGGCCGGGACAGAGAGCAGCUUUCAGAGCCAGUACGGCAGCAGCAGCAGCAGCAGCACCUACGGCUUCUCUCAGACCGCUUCGGCCUCGCGGGCCAGGACCGAGUCGUCGGAUGUCUACGACGCCCUGCAUAACCUCGACCGGGUGCUCCAGGCAGACAGCAGGGGGAACCCGGGGGUGCCCGACACCCCCACCAGGCUGGUGUUCUCCGCCCUGGGUCCCACCGCCCUGCGGGUCAGCUGGCAGGAGCCCCACUGCGACCGGGACAUCCUGGGGUACAGCGUCCUCUACCAGCAGCUCAAUGGAGGCGAGGUGAAGCGCAUCAACGUCAGCAGUCCUGGGGACAACUCGGUGGUGGUGCAGGACCUGCUGCCCAACCACUCGUACCUGUUCAAGGUGAAGGCCCAGAGCCAGGAGGGCUGGGGCCCCGAGAGAGAGGGGGUCAUCACCAUCGAGUCCGCCGUGGACCCCCAGAGUCCGCUCAGCCCCAUGCCAGGCUCCCCCUUCACCCUGAGCACGCCCAGCGCACCGGGGCCCCUGGUGUUCACGGCCCUCAGCCCCGAGGCGCUGCAGCUGAGCUGGGACAAACCCCGCAAGCCCAACGGGGACAUCCUGGGCUACGUGGUGACCUGCGAGCAGCUGCACGGAGGAGGUGACCUGCGGUCCUUCCAGGUGAGUGGGGACAGCGCCGAGACCAGCCUGACCGUGCCAAACCUCAGCGAGAACAUGCCCUACAAGUUCAAGGUCCAGGCCCGGACCACGCAGGGCUUCGGCCCCGAGAGGGAGGGCAUCAUCACCAUCGAGUCCCAGGACGGAGGCACGAUGUCUCAGUACAGCGGGGGCAGCUCCAUGACCAGGAGGGAGGUGUUCCAGAUGCCCGCUGAAGUCAGCUCGCACACCAACGUGUCCCGCACUGUGUUCACCGAGCCCUACUUUGGCGAGGACAGCGGUGGCGGCGGCGGCGGCAGCAUGAUGAUGACCACGCAGCACAUGGAGACGAGUGGCGUGAUGACCACGGGCAUGGUGACCCGCCAGGUCACCCAGGGGAUGGUGCAGAAGAGCAUGGUGGGCGGCACCACCGUCACCAAGAAGGUGGAGCGCUUCUACGAAUCCUAAGGACCCCCACCCGACGGUACCACCACCACCAACACCACCACCACCCCUCCCCCAAACGCACCCAAGGUCCAUAAAAGUUCUGGCCGCCAUCUUGGUUCUUUCCGACCAAAGAUUUUCGAAUCACCAAGCCACCAUUUUGUUUUUAUUCUCGUUAUGUUGACAAAGCAUUUAGAUGUAUGCGUUUUAUUUCUUUUUAAGACAACAUUGUUUAGUUUAGUUUUUGUGUUAGUAGGUGAACCUCUGUUACAUCCCCUCUAGCGCUUUAAGGUUUAUUUUUUACAAAGUUAAAAUGCAUUUUGAUGCUAGUUUUGCGUUGAGUGAUGCGUUCAAGUCCGCUCCGCAUCGACGCCUGCCAACGGAUUAUAAGGCUUGAAAUGAGGACAGCCAAUGAUAAUCUGUACAGUUGUUCCAAAAUCCAAAGUGACCUUAUCUCCCCCCUGCUUCCCUCCCCCUGUCUCACAUCCCCAGCCUGUCAUUUGAGAUUGAUACAUGGCUCUACUACACUAGAUGGCUAAACGGGAUUACCACCGGUACUAAUACCCGCUCCUAAAUCUUCCUUGUGCUUAACAUGAUAAUUAGUCAGGAAGAGAAGGGGGGGCGAUUUUUCUACGAAUGCUAGUGCUAAUUUUACAAACGGUUAGCUUCACUGUGUGCAAGAUGCAUUUCGACUAUUGUAAUUUUAUUGGAUGUAUAUACAGAACUAGCCAGACUUCAUGGUUAAAUGUGGACCCUGUCGUGCCAAUGAAGGCAAACAGGGGAUUUCAUUAUGGUGUUAUGUUACCCAUUAUUGCUCCAAAGUACACAACACUUUGGGUUUAACAUACCAGAAUUGAACAUCUUUUCUUCGUAGUAUCAUACGUACUCGUGGGCACCAUUCUUUAAAGGUUAUACUCAUUAAAAGAUAAAAGGGGUUUUCAUUACUCAAGAUGUGUUUUGCAAUGAGCUGUAUAUUCUUACAAAGAUAGCAAUAUUUUUUCCAUUAGUUUCUUUUGAAAGAUGAGAUCAUGAUACUUUUAAGAACUAGCUUUUUCAGGCAUUAAGAUUGUGCUUACGUUUUAAUUUGACAUUUUUAUAUGAGGGAACAACUUUUGUAUUUGCACCAAGAAAAAAAAACGUGCCAUAGUAUUCCUGCACUUCAGAUAAACUUGUACGAGUUGCUUCAUUAUAACAGCAAAAACCUUUUGGCUUUGUUUGUAUUUUUGUAUCUGGGUAUAUCCACUUUAAUGCACUUAAUAAAGACUCUAAGUAAACUUC